AUGACUUCUCAGGAAGAGGUGCAAGAGACAAAUCCCACUACUGGAAGUCUUGAAGUCAUCUCUGUUGCAGAAGAUGAACCUCCAGCACCACAAAUUCAGUUUACCUUCAAAAGAUUUUUCUUCAUACCACAAGCCAGAGUGGACGCCAGUGUAGAUGGACCUGGAGAUAUUGAACCACCUUCGAUGUGCCAUGCUUUUGCCUCCCUAAGAUACUUUCCAUAUAUCUGUGGUUUGUUCCUUGCAGUAAUCCUAGCAGCUGCCAUUGGCCUGGGUGUCCAAUACAACUGCAUUGGGAAGUUUCGCUGUCGAUCAUCCUUUAAGUGUAUCCAGAAAUCAGCCAGGUGCAAUGGUGUCUUCAACUGCAAAGAAGGGGAGGAUGAGUACAGAUGUGUCAGGUUGAGUGGCAAGAAGGCAGUGCUGCAAGUGUUCACUUCUGGAUCCUGGAGAACAGUCUGCUCUGAUGACUGGAGAGCAGAGUAUGGAAAUGCUACCUGCAAACACCUGGGGUUCUCAAGUUAUGUGAGUUCAGGUUACCUGCCCGUGGCAGCAGUCGAAAAACAGUUUCAAAGACAUUUUGUAUCCCUCAGCCAAUGGUUUUCAGCUGAUCAAGUGACAUCCCUGCAGAAUGCAACAAACCUCAGAGAAGAGUGCACUUCUGGCAAUGUGAUCAUCUUAAAAUGCUUGGCGUGCGGGACACGGGCCAGCUACGGGCCGCGGAUCGUGGGGGGCAACGCGUCGUCCCCCCGGCAGUGGCCCUGGCAGGUCAGCCUGCAGUUCCAGGGGCACCACCUCUGCGGGGGCUCCGUCAUCACCCCGCGCUGGAUCCUCACGGCCGCCCACUGCGUCUACGACCUGUACUUGCCGAGCUCAUGGAGUGUGCAGGUCGGUUUUGUGACUCAGCAAGACACAGAGGUUCACCCACAUUCAGUGGAAAAAAUCAUAUACCAUCGAAAUUAUAAACCCAAGACAAUGGGAAAUGAUAUAGCCCUGAUGAAACUGGCGGCACCACUUGCUCUCAAUGGUCACAUAGAACCAAUUUGUCUGCCUAAUUAUGGUGAACAUUUCCCAGCAGGGAAAAUGUGUUGGGUAUCAGGAUGGGGAGCAACUGUGGAAGGAGGUGAUACAUCUGACACCAUGAAUUAUGCAGGUGUUCCUCUGAUUUCUAAUGCAAUUUGCAACCACAGGGAUGUCUACGGUGGGAUCAUAACUUCUUCAAUGCUCUGUGCUGGUUUCCUAAAGGGAGGAGUGGACACCUGCCAGGGAGACAGUGGGGGCCCUUUAGCCUGUGAAGACAUGAGUAUCUGGAAGUUGGUGGGGACCACCAGUUUUGGAGUGGGCUGUGCGGAAAAGAACAAGCCGGGUGUCUACAGCCGAACAACUUCCUUCCUGGACUGGAUACACGAACAGAUGGAGAGAGAAGAACUGCAGACCUGAGGAGAGUGACGAUGUUCAGGGCUCCUGAAAACCCACAUCAUGCUCCAGGCCCAUGGAUGGACCCACCUCACUCUUCUGGUCACCUGCUCUGAGCUUCGGACCUUCACAGACUGCUUUUUACCAUUUAUUUUUGGUACUGGCAACUGUACUUGAUGCAGGCUGUUGCACACUCAGCCUCUUCUGGAUGGAAGAAGCAGCUGGAUGAUGGAUGGCAAGCGUGUGUGUUUACUGUCAGCUACAAAUUUCACAUGUAGAAAAAAAACUAAGGCUGAUAACCAAGGAUGCUGUCACAAUAAAGUUUUGCAGGCACCAUGAGCAAAGGACUAGAGCAACUUCAGAUCAGGUUGCAAGAUAUUAUUUUAGUACUUAUCUUCCAAGAUCUGAACCACAAAAAGAUUUUUUUCCUGACAGUUUUCAUAUAUAAGGUCCAUGCUCUGUUGCACAGGCAGCAGCAGCUUUCUUGGAAGCCAGGAAACAAGCAGGAAGCAGGCAGUUGGUAAUUUUGGCAAGUAUGUUCAACUCCCGUUAGAAAAAAUAUCUCAGAAUUCAAAUAUUUUAUCAUGUGGCUGUGAACAGCGUCCCUAAAAAUUGAAUCUUAUGCGCUUUC